GAAAAAAAGGAAACACCAAGAAGUAAACAAAAAUCACACAUAAUCUUACCCACCUUGAGAUAAUUAGUUCACAAUCUCUAAUGUGUUUAUUUCUAGUCAUUUGUCUCUGAUUAUAUAUAUUUAAGAUAAUUGCAAUCACACUUUAUAUAAUCUUGUACGCUGAUUUUUUACUUAACAUUACAUAAUAUCAACAUACCAUAAAUAUUUUAAUGAAAGAAUAUUCCAGCACAUGGAAAUGGCACAUUUACUUAAUCAUGCCCAUAAAGUUAGACCCCUAGGUUUUUCUGUUUUUCAUUAUACCAAAUAACUACGUGAGGAACAUCUUUGUGCAUGAAUCAUCCACAUUUUAGAUGAGCUCCUUGAACAUAUUCACUGAAGUGAAAAUACUAAGUUAAAAAGUACCAACGUUUUUAUAUCCCUUGAUAUAAAUUGCCCAAACCAUACUUACUACGUAUUUUAAGGCAGCAUGGAGUAAUAGGGAAAAAAAAGAAGUCAAGAUACCUGGAUCUCACGCCCAUCUUUAGUACUUGCUGUCUAACCUGAUUAGGUAAAACUGAUAUAAAAACAUCCAUCUUAAUAAUCAAAUAAAAAAAAUAGAUCCUUCAGUCACCAUAAAUGUUACUUCCUCAGGAAUGCUUUCCUUCACUUUCUAGACUCUCACAGCACCCUAUAUUUUACUUGUCAUUCAUGCUCUUGCAAUAGCUGAUAAAUAAUUGUUCAAUUAUUUGUACACUGUCAGUUCAGUGAUCUAGGUGAUCUUAAGCUCCUUUGAAAUAUGCCUGGCCCACAGCUGGUGCUCAAUAAAUAUUUGUUGAAUGAAUGAAUGAAUGAAUGAGUAGAUGAAUGAUGGAUGAAAUGACAGCACUUUGCAAAAUAAGUGACUAGAUAUUUGGAAGGUAUUUCAAUUUUAAUAAUUAUUAUUAUGAUUCAUUUGUAUUACUAUGUAGAUGAUUCCAAAUCUUUAAAGAUUCCUUGUCUAACCAUAAUUUCAUUAUGUAACUUUAAUGUUCUUCAAGCCAGCCAGAGGCAUGGUAGCCAUGUUGCUGGAAGCACCUGGUAGGAGCUGAGAUUUGGGAGAACCAAGCUGAGAUUAGGGAGAACCAAGAUCUCCAGGUAAGCAAGCUGAGAGUCAGGGAGUUGAGUUACAAUUAGUUGAAUGCAAAGCAGUGGUCAGGAAUCUAGGAGGUCAGUGAUAUUUGAAGAAACAAACAAACUAAUGGUAAAAGGUCUAGAUAAUAAGGUGCAAAGUUGAGAACGGUCAGUGAUAAGGGAUGAAAGUAGAUGGGAGAGAGUCAAAUUCCAAGCAUCAGUACUCAGAGCAUGGAGCUGUGAAUAUGAUUCUAAAGCAAAUGGUACUUGAACUCAGUGCUUCCUUAAUUAUUUCUUCCUUAUAUUAUAUUAUUUCUGCCCAAAUGGUAUUAGGAAGUGUUUGUGUCUAGUUCCAUAUAUAUGGCAAGGGAAUAAUAGUAGCUAGUUGAGGAAUGAGAUCUGUGAAUACAAAUGGGUUCUGAUAGUGAGAGGAUGAAGCAAGACCAUUUGUAAAUAAGAUCUGAUAAUACUUUGAACAUAAAAUAGGAGCAAUCAUGCUUUGGCUCCCAUAAUACUCAACUUGACUUUCAACAGCAGAUAUUAUAGCACAGUGGUUAGGAUCAUGGACUCUGGCCAACAGGCUAGCUGAGUUCAAUAGGCUAGCCAGCUCUAUCAUUUAUUAGUUGUGUCCUUUGGACAAAUUACUUCCCCUCUGUGUGUUAGUUUCAUCAUCUGUAAAACAGGGAUAAUAUUACCUACACCUCAAUGGGUUCUUGUGAAGAUUAAAUGAGGUGAUGCACGUAAAGACCUUAGAACAGUGCCUGGACGUAGCAAAUGCUAUGUUAAGUGUUGUUAUUAUUAUUGUUGUUGUUAUUAUUAACCAGUCUCAUAAGACCAAACAAAAAUUGGCAGUAUAAGAAAUGGAAAAAUACACUGUAUUAACAUACUCUAUCUAAAAUAAUAAACAGUCUCUAAACAGGAGUUUUUUUCAUUAAAAUAAGAAUUUCACUUGCACCUAAGCAUAGUUGACUAUAUAAAAACUAUAAACAUUAGCAAAGUAGCAAAAUUUAUCACAGUAAUCCCAGCGAUGUGUUUAUUUUAUAGAUGUUUUAUGAACACUAUCUUAAAAAGUUGUAAAUAAAUACACAUUUCCUAAUAGCAAAAAAACACUAUUAAGCUGCAAUACAGUUGAUCCACAGAAUCUGGUCUAUAAGAAGGAAAGCCUUAUUAAAUUUUCUGAAGCUAAUUCUACUGGAAGCAGGAUUAUUUGUGUUGGAAGACCUGUCUGUGGAAAAAUCUGAACAUGGAAAGGCUCGGACCUGGGAAGACUCCUUUUAAAAAGGUCUGGACCUGGGGAAUGGUCAAGAAGACCUGGACUAUGGAACAUGUUAGAAUACCUGGAUAUCGUAGACGCUGGAAGACCUGAAUGUUAGAAGACCGGUACCCUGGAGACGUUGGAAGACGUGGAUAUUGAGCCUGCUGUUGGAAGACUGGGUAGUUGUCGGAAGACGUGGAGAUGCUGGAAGACGAGCAGAUUCCGGAAGAUGCAGGGAUGCCGGAAGACGCAGAGAUGCCGGAAGAUUCAGGGAUGCCGGAAGAUUCAGGGAUGCCGGAAAACUCAGAGAUGCCAGAAGACGCAGAGAUGCCGGAAGACGCAGAGAUGCCAGAUGAUGCAGAGAUGCCGGAAGAUGCAGAGAUGCCGGAAGAUGCAGAGAUGCCGGAAGAUGCAGAGAUGCCGGAAGAUGCAGAGAUGCUGGAAGGCGAGCAGAUGCUGGAAGCCCUGGAGAUGCUGGAAGCCCUGGAAAUGUAGGAAGACAAGGAUUUUCUGGAAGACGUGGCUUAGUUGGAAGACGUGGAUGUUCUGGAAGACGUGGAUUUUCCGGAAGACGUAAAUUUGUUGGAAGACGUAGGUAGGCUGGAAGACAUGAAUUUGAUGGAAGACACACAGCUUUGUUGGAAGACAAGGAUUUGCUGGAAGACGUGGAUUCUGGAAGCCAUGGAUUUUCAGGAAGACAUGGAUUUUCUGGAAGACUUGAGGUCAUUGGAAGACAUGGAUUUCCUGGAAGACAUUUUUUUUUUUCUGGAAGACGUGGAUUUUCAGGAAGACCCGAAUUGUCCGGAAGACCUGGAUUUUUUGGUGGAAGACGUAGAUUUGCUGGAAGACUGGAGGUUACUGGAAGACGUGGAUUUUCCGGAAGACGUGGAUCUCUAGGAAGACGUAUAUUUGUUGGAAGACCUGGAUUUAGUGGAAGACAUAAAUUUUCUGGAAGACGUGGCUUUAUUGGAAGAUCUGGAUUUAUUUAGUGGAAGACAUAAAUUUUGUCUGGAAGACGUGGACUGACUGGAAGACUGGAUUUGGUGGAAGACAUGGAUUGACUGGAAGACCUGGAUUUUUCCGG